UUCGAGCAUGUCAGCAUGCUGGUCAUCCUGCUCAACUGUGUGACCCUUGGCAUGUUCCAGCCAUGUGAGGAUGUCAAGUGCCAGUCCGAAUGGUGUACCAUCCUUCAGGCAUUUGAUGACUGCAUCUUCGCCUUCUUUGCUGUGGAGAUGGUCAUCAAGAUGAUGGCUCUGGGGAUUUUUGGAUCAAAGUGUUAUCUUGGAGACACAUGGAACCGCCUAGACUUCUUCAUUGUCAUGGCAGGGAUGAUGGAAUACUCACUGGAUGGCCACAACGCCAGCCUGUCUGCCAUCCGGACCGUGCGUGUUCUCCGGCCUCUUCGAGCCAUCAACAGAGUCCCCAGUAUGAGGAUACUGGUGACUCUGCUCCUAGAUACUCUGCCUAUGUUAGGCAACGUUCUCCUGCUGUGCUUUUUCGUCUUCUUUAUAUUUGGCAUUGUCGGCGUGCAACUCUGGGCAGGGCUCCUAAGGAACAGGUGUUUCCUGGAAAAGGAGGUGAAGGACCAGUAUAAUCUGUCCUUCAUGAGUCCAUACUACAUGCAUGAAGACGGGGAGGAGAGCCCGUUCAUCUGCUCAUUUGAGAAGGAAAAUGGCAUGCUCCGUUGCCACGAUGUACCCCCUCUCAAGGAAGGAGGGACCGAGUGUGCAGUAAACCCGCCCCUGGGUCCAGCCUACACCGGCCCAAACGGCUCCAUCAGCAGGAGCAACUGUGUGAACUGGAACCUGUACUACAAUGUCUGUCGGGCCGGGGAGCUCAAUCCUCAUAAAGGGGCUGUGAACUUUGAUAAUAUCGGAUAUGCUUGGAUUGCUAUAUUCCAGGUUAUCACUUUGGAGGGAUGGGUGGAUAUCAUGUAUUAUGUUAUGGAUGCCCACUCCUUUUACAAUUUUAUAUAUUUUAUAUUGCUCAUUAUAGUGGGCUCUUUCUUUAUGAUCAACCUGUGCCUGGUUGUAAUCGCGACCCAGUUUUCAGAGACAAAGCAGCGUGAGAACCAGCUUAUGAAGGAGCAGCGAGCACGCUACAUGUCCAACGACAGUACACUGGCCAGCUACUCGGAGCCAGGCAGCUGCUACGAGGAGAUGCUUCGCUACAUCAGCCACCUGUACCGCAAGCUGAAGCGGCGAGCCUCUCGCAUCUACCAUGGGUGGCAGAGUAAGCGCAGGAAAAAAGUUAACCCUAACAGCAGCCUGGCUGGAGGGUCCGGGGCAGGGCCUGGUGGCGUUAACGGCCACAGCAGGCCCAGGGGCAGUGGCUACUGGGCACGCUCUGUCCACAGCCUCGUUCAGCACCACCAGCACCAUCAUUGUCACAUGAGCAAUGGCAGCAUCAGCCUGAAUGCCUCCUUGGCAGGCAGUGAAACUCUUGAGAUGAGGUCCAUCACAGCAGGGGCACAGAUGACAUUGCCCUCGCGGCCAACCACUGGGCAGGAUCUUUCACCAGUGGCCCAAUCAGUGCACAGCAUCGUUCAAGGUGACUUUCAUGAGGCCCCGCAGAUUCACACAGGCACUACAGCUGGUGUGACUCAACUAGGGAGGCUUAAUGGUGGCAUGAACUAUCCUACCAUAUUGCCAUCCUUCAUCUGCAGCUAUGCAGGCAACAACACUACAGCCAAAGUGAAGGUGGAGUCCAACAAUGGCACAGCAGAUGUGGCAGAUCCCUUUGAGAAACUGCAGCAUCUAACAGGAGACCAUAGUCACGGCCGCCUGCUGCAGCACAUGGUUGGCAUGGUGCCCACCCCACUGCUCUUCGAGGUGCUGGGCUGCCCAUACUGUGCCUGUGCACUGAACACCAUGGAUCUGGAGCUGGCUGACUCUGAGUGCACCCGCUAUGAAGGGGAGGUGGUGCACGAGCUUUCCCAUGGCGCAGAGUUCAAGCCAGGCCAUCCACGCCGCCACCACCACCACCGGCGGCUAGAGGACCGCGGGCACUUGUCCCGGUGCUGGGAUGACUUUAGAGACGGGAUGAGGCACAUCGUGGAUAGCAAGUACUUCAACCAGGGCAUUAUGAUCGCCAUCCUCAUCAACACCUUGAGCAUGGGGAUAGAGUACCAUGAGCAGCCUGAUGUACUGACAGACAUUCUAGAGAUCAGCAACAUUGUCUUCACCAGCAUGUUUGUCCUUGAGAUGAUCUUCAAGCUGCUGGCCUUUGGCAUCUUUGGGUACAUCAAGAACCCCUACAAUAUCUUUGAUGGGAUCAUUGUAGUGAUAAGUGUUUGGGAGAUUAUCGGGCAGGCUGAUGGGGGGCUGUCCGUGCUCAGGACCUUUCGCCUACUGCGGGUGUUGAAGCUGGUGCGCUUCCUCCCAGCUCUGCGCAGGCAGCUGGUGGUCCUGAUGAAGACCAUGGACAAUGUGGCCACCUUUUGCAUGCUGCUCAUGCUUUUCAUCUUCACUUUCAGUAUUCUUGGAAUGCAUCUGUUUGGCUGCAAAUUCAGCCUGAAGAUGGAGAAUGGAGACACGAUUCCAGACAGGAAGAACUUUGACUCCUUGUUGUGGGCCAUUGUCACUGUGUUUCAGAUCCUCACUCAGGAGGACUGGAACAUGGUGCUCUAUAAUGGAAUGGCUUCCACAUCUCCACUGGCUGCACUCUACUUUGUUGCCCUGAUGACCUUUGGGAAUUAUGUGCUUUUUAACCUGCUGGUGGCCAUCCUGGUGGAAGGCUUUCAAGCAGAGGGAGAUGCCAAUAAAUCUGACGCAGAUGAAGAGAAAAGGUCAAUUAACUUCGAGGAAGAGGAGAAGAUGAGGGAAUUGCGUGCCACAGAGUUGAAGAUGUACUCUCUGAUGAUGUCAGCAAAUGGGCACAUGGACUGUCAUGGCAGCUUGCCCCCGCCAAUCAUCAUGCACACUGCAGCCACCCCCAUGCCCACUCCCAAAAGUUCUCUUGGCCAAGAGUCAGCCUUCAGUUUGGAGUCGAGACGUGGUAGUGGGGUCUCCAUUGACCCAAAUAUCUAUGAUCAGAGAUCAGUGGCCAGCCCGCGGAGAUCACCCUGCCACCCACGGAACUCAGGCAGCAACUGGGGCAGCCGCAGGUCAAGCUGGAACAGCCUGAGCCGGGCACCAAGCCUGAAGAGGAAAGACACUUCCGGUGAGAGGGAGUCUUUGCUGUCAGGCAAGGGCAGGGGCAGCUUCGAGGACGAGGACAUGGAGGGAACUUUUCUGGGCACAGUGGGCAGUGCUAGUGGUGACUCUCUGCAGUACCCCAGCUCCUUGGACUUCCCAGAGCUGGUCCCGGGGCCCAGCCUGGGCCUGGGAGGAGAGUACCAGGACUGCAACGGCAGGGUUCUGCACCUGCACACACAGCUAUCCUCAGAGCUGAACCGUGAGGACUCUGCCACAGAGGAGGACUCGGAUGAUAGUUUCUUUUCUCGCAUGAAGAAGAUGCUGGACUCUUAUAAACCCAAGUGGUGUAAAAAUCAUGAGGACUGGUCCCUGUAUCUGUUUUCCCCCCAUAACAAGUUUCGGGUGAUCUGCCAGAGGGUUAUCUCGCACAAGAUGUUUGACCAUGUGGUCUUGGUCUUUAUCUUCCUUAACUGCAUCACAAUCGCUCUGGAGAGGCCUGAUAUUCAGCCUCAUAGCACAGAGCGAGUGUUUCUCAGCAUUUCUAAUUAUGUAUUCACUGUGAUUUUUGUUGCUGAAAUGACUGUGAAGGUGGUGGCCUUUGGCUUUUACUCUGGGAAGCACAGCUAUUUGCACAGCACAUGGAAUAUUCUGGAUGGAGUGCUGGUUUUUGUCUCUCUUAUUGACAUCCUGGUGUUGCUGGCAUCCAGUGGUGGGAAUAGGAUCUUGGGAAUUCUGAGGGUCCUGCGCCUGCUGCGGACCCUGCGACCUCUCAGGGUGAUCAGCCGUGCUCCUGGGCUCAAGCUUGUGGUGGAAACACUGAUAACAUCUCUGAGGCCCAUUGGGAAUAUAGUGCUGAUCUGCUGCGCCUUCUUCAUUGUCUUUGGCAUUCUCGGUGUGCAGCUCUUUAAGGGCAAGUUUUACCAUUGUGAAGGUUUGGACACAAGAAACAUCACCAACAAAUCAGAUUGCCAACAAGCAAACUACAAAUGGAUUCGAAGGAAAUACAAUUUUGAUAAUUUGGUACAGGCUCUCAUGUCGCUGUUUGUGCUGUCUUGCAAGGACGGCUGGGUGAAUAUUAUGUAUGAUGGCCUGGAUGCUGUGGGUGUGGACCAACAGCCGGUGAGAAACCACAACCCCUGGAUGCUGUUGUACUUCAUCUCCUUCCUGCUGAUUGUCAGCUUCUUUGUGCUGAACAUGUUUGUGGGCGUGGUGGUAGAGAACUUCCACAAGUGCCGGCAGGACCAGGAGGAGGAGGAGGCACGCCAGCGGGAGGAGAAGAGGCAACGACUGCUGGAGAAAAGGCGCAGGAAGGCCCAGCAGAGACCCUACUAUGCUGACUACUCACCAGUUCGCCUCUACAUCCACACACUAUGCACCAACCACUACCUGGAUCUCUUCAUCACCUGCAUCAUCUGCAUCAAUGUGGUCACUAUGUCUAUGGAACAUUAUAAUCAGCCUAUGUAUCUUGAGGAAUCUUUAAAGUACUGCAACUAUGUCUUCACCAUCUUCUUCAUCUUAGAGGCUAUUCUCAAGCUUGUGGCUUUUGGCUUCCGAAGGUUCUUCAAAGACAGGUGGAACCAGUUGGACCUGGCCAUUGUGCUCCUGUCCAUCAUUGGAAUCACCCUGGAGGAGAUCAAGAUGAAUGCUGCUCUUCCAAUCAACCCCACCAUCAUCCGUAUCAUGCGGGUUCUGCGGAUAGCCCGAGUGCUGAAGCUUUUGAAGCUGGCCACAGGCAUGAGAUCAUUGCUGGACACUGUCAUGCAAGCUCUGCCACAGGUGGGGAAUCUGGGUUUACUGUUUAUGCUUCUCUUCUUCAUCUAUGCGGCACUUGGCGUGGAGCUCUUUGGGAAACUCGAAUGCAGUGAUAAGAACCCAUGUGAAGGACUGAGUCGACACGCCACUUUCGAGAACUUUGGGAUGGCCUUUCUCACACUCUUCAGAGUUUCCACCGGGGACAAUUGGAAUGGCAUAAUGAAGGACACUCUGAGAGAGUGCACCCCUGAAGACAAGCAAUGUCUGCCCUACUUGCCCUGGGUCUCUCCCAUCUAUUUUGUCACUUUCGUGCUGAUGGCCCAGUUUGUUCUGGUGAACGUGGUGGUGGCUGUGCUGAUGAAGCACCUGGAGGAGAGCAAUAAGGAGGCAAAAGAGGAUGCUGAGAUGGACGCUGAGAUUGAGAUGGAGAUGGAGAUGGCCCGGCGUCUCAGUGAAGCCUCAACAGGGAGCUCCAUUGGACCAGAGGGCACCUAUGUGGGGCCAAGGCCUGAGUCACCUGGGCAGGAUGAGGGGAUGCAAGGAGCUCAGAAGAAUUUUCUAUCGCCACGGAAGAUGUCGGUAUCUCGGAUGCACUCUUUGCCCAAUGACAGCUACAUGUUCCAUCCAGUGAGGCCAGCCAGUGCGUCAUACCCACUGCAGGAGGCAGAGCCAACCCUAAGGCCCCUUGAAUUAGGCUCAAUGACGUCAAUCCACUCACAGCCGUGUAAGAGUCAUCGUUCCCUUCUGCAGGUCCCCGGAGUUCGUCCCAUGCCCCACUUUAGCAUGUGCAUGCCCAGGGUACCCCCACCUCAGCUCUCCCCCACCCAUAGCCCAAGCAGGCCUUUACAUAGGCAGGAAGCAAUCAAGUACAACUCCACUGAUGUGCAAUCUUACCACUCCAAAGAUAACCUGGACAGAAAGAAUGGGAGCACUGCAGUGAACUUCACCCUCCCAGUACCCCAGAUCACUGGUCCCAUCAGCUCGCAGGUGUCCCCCGCAUGUUGGUCUCGCAGCCGUUCGGCCAGCCGCUCCCCAAGCCCCAGCCCCCACAUACUGCAGCACCCACACAGCCAUCACUACACCUCCUCCAGGCCUUGCCUCCGGGCCAGCUGCAGCAGUCCCAGUGGCUCCAUGUUCGACUCAGCCUUGGACCCAGCCGAUGAGGAGGUGCGUCACAUCAACAGCUCAGCAAGACUGUGGACGGGGCUUCCAGUGGAGGUGCGGAGCCACUCGCUGUCGCCCUAUGUCAAAUCGGGCCUGCUUCUACCUGUGCCUAUAAAGAGCUGCAUCAGCACCACCGAGCUGGCUGCCUGCAGUCUCAGAGACAAGGACCAGAAGAAGUUCUUCAGCAUGGAUGCUGAGGGAUUUUUGGACAAGCCCUCUAGUGCUGAGGACCACCGACGUCACUCCAUUGAGAUCUGCCCCUCCACUGACAACGACACGUUCAGCCAGGUUGCAGUGGAGAGAAAGCAUCCUCCCACACGUGGACAGUCGCUGCACAUCCCCAGGAAGAAGAAGAUGAGCCCUCCGUGCAUCUCUGUGGAGCCCCCGCUGGAGGUGGAGCUUUCUGCAUCCUUCGUGGCCAUGAAGAAGCUGUCCGAGAGCACCACAUUGCUGAGGAGAAGGACACCGUCCUAUGAGUUGGGCCUACCACGUGACCAGCUGGACCUCCUAGAACACCAGCUCCCCAGCCAGCCUCUGAUCAAGGUGGAGAGGCUCCCUUCCCACUGUGGCGAAUAUCUCCAUCUUCCACUGUACACCUUUCACCAGUCAGAGCCUGGGUCCAUGGGUAGCCUGGCAGGUAUCCUGCACGAAAAUGAUCCAUCAGCACCGCACUCUCCCUUUGACAGCAGACUGGAGGAGACCACAGACUUCGGUACAGUAAACAGGACUGCUCAAUGACAGAGAUCAAGAGAAAAAAUUCAGAUGGCUUAGACAAACCUUGUGGUGCAUACCACAGAAUGCAGCAAUUUAUUAGGAGGCAGGGCACUAAUCACCUAAUUCAGUAGCCAAAGUUUUUUCAGAUGUAAUAUUAUGUUAGCCAGGCUGGAAUAGCAAUGAUGACAUAUGAUCGAGCAAGAUGGGAUAUGCAAUUUCAGGUUUCCACAUGAAACUCUGGUACUUAUCUUACUCCCAGUGCUCAAUCACAUUGAUUUGAGUUCAGGAUGUGUGGUGGGGUUUUUUAUUCCUUCAUCCACACCAUCUUGUCAAUAACAUUAAGCUGUUUUCUGUAAAAGAGUAUACAGAUUAAAUAAAGCAAAACAAACCAAGAAACAAACAACAACUAUGAGAGCAGUAUAUGUUCUGUUCUUUAUUAAAUCAUACAUGUAAAUAGAGGAAAUAUUGUAUUGGUGAAGAAAAUAGAUCUAUUCAUAUGCACAUAUUUUUUAUAGAGAUCUAUAAUGUUUUUGCACAUAUCAAUUUGAAUUUCAAGUUGAAUUGUCUUUUGUUGUCCUCUUGUGAAUGUACUUUUUUUUUUUUUUAUCAAAUAGCAGUGGGAUCAAUUAUAGUCUGUAUCGAUCUACUAAUACUGAGAUGAUUUUUAUUUUUCUAUUGGGAGAUGGGGUAAGAGAUACUAAAGUAGAUCUAAUGAGAACCAAACAUCAAAUGAUCUGUAGCCUGAGUGCAAUACACUGUAAACGUUUGUCUAAGUUUACCAUGUUAGGGUCCUCCCUUUUCACACAGUCAGUAAUGUGCAUCUCACCAACGCAACCCCUUUAACAUACUCAAAUUCAUCUCAGUGUAUGAAGUAGGAUUUCCACCACACAUUCAUUAACUAACUCAACAAUGGCAUUUCGUGACCCCCAACUGUGGCACAGUUGGUAUGCAUGUGAAGGACAAAAUAAAUCUGUAGAUGUGCUCUGUUGCGAGGUAGACUCUGUCCUCUUUUCUCCCUGAUUUCUAAUGUUAACAUUUUAUCUAUCAAAGAAAAAGCCAGAAUUGUUUCUGUGAGGAGAGAGUGUUCAUUUUAGCACAAAUGUGCUGCGAUUUACCUUUUGGCUUUGAUAUGGUGCCUCUAGUUGUGUCUUCAGCAUUCUAUGAAAGAAUUUCUGGAUAUUGCUGGAUAUUGCUGAAUAUGGGUGAUUCUACAACUGUGGGCACUUUUUGACUGGCUUAUAGUCAUGAAAUAAGUCAUUAAGUCUUAGUCAGGAACGGUCUCUGAUCUAGCUUUUAUUAUCCGAGAGCAUUGUGAUAUUACAUUGUAUCCUUUAUAGGAACUGUAUUAUUAACCUAUAUGAACCUAAAAAGCUGGUUUGCAAUAUGGAGUAAGUGAUAUUGAUCAGCGGGGAAAAACCACAAAUUACUCAAACUUUUUUUGCCAUAAUAUUAACUUUGAUUUGUAUAAAGCUGCAUGGUCUAUAUAAAAUAAUAUAUUUUUUAAAAACCUUUUUAAAAAUGCUAGAGUGGUGUAAUAAAAAAUACCUUAACACAAAUGAAAGAAUUUUGAUCUUUUACUGGCACCCAAAAUAAAGCUAAACCAACUCCACAUUUAUGAUCUAUUAUUAAUUUUACGAUAAUUAGCAGUUCAUCCUUUGUCUUCCUUUAAUUAUAUCUGUAUAUGUCUCUAAAACAUAGAUAUUAAUUAUAAUUACAUUUUCAAGGGGCAGUAAUGGCUUAUUUAUCUCAGAGUAGCCUAUUGCAGGAUCAGCGCUCAUGGCCAACUGGUCUUUUUCAUACAUAUAAAAAAAUCCCCAAAUUAGCAGUAUUAUUCAGAGAAAACUAAUGCAGUGGGACAAAUGUAAUGACAAGAAUGCAAAUUUGUUCUAGGCAUGUACACUAUGAGUAGUGUAAAGAAUGAGAAUAAUAUGAAACUAGAAGACGAUUUAAAUUUGCAGAUUAGUUACUUUAGAUCUCUUCACUGACAGAUCUCUUUACUGAAGCACAAACUUAUCUUCCCUUUACUUAAAGUGCCCACUGAUUCAAAAACACCCAUACACACAAUUUUGGACAAUAGGUUUAUAUAUAAUUAAAGUAAACCAUUAUCUCUGUGCAUUAACUUAUGAAUUAUUUAGCUCACUAUUGCCUUUACAGUUUCAUCAAUGUCAGCAGAAUUAGCUGAUAAUGGAAGAUUUUGAACAGUGGCAAUUUAUUCAUUUGUGAAUCGAUUCAGAAUGUGAAUCGAUUCAGAAUGUGAAUUGCUUCGGAAAGUGAAACUAUUGCAUGUUAUCAGAAAUUUUUAGGAAAAGAAAUCUGGACAUUUUUGAGGUUUUUCGAUAUUUCAUCUGAAAUUUGUAGACUAUCUAUCUUACUACCUACACUGAGGUGUAAUGGGCUGUCUAGGUUUUCCUCUUUGUAGAUCAACUUAUUAAUUGUUUAAUGCAAUAUUUUAUGGUAAUCUGUAUCAUAGAAGUCAUAGCUCAAGCAACUUACCUGUAAGCAAAAACCAUGGUUGGUAGACUAUUGAAUGGCAUUUGAAAUCAGCAUGAGUAAUUUUACUGAACAGUUAAUAUUCAGUUAAUUUUACAUGAUUCUGGAACUGCAGUUGGGUCUGUUUAUUUUCUUAGAUUACCACCAUGAUUUUUGCAAAAAGAGAGUUGAGAUUUUUUGAAUGAAUGUUUAAACAAAUGGUAGAUUUGAAGUUGGUAAGUACAUGCUUAAAGUGCUUGAAUCACUUUAAGGAGAUAAUAUUACCUGUUGCUGUUGGAACUUUUGCUAUCGAUUGAGUAUCCUUGAAUAAAUAAUCCAAGUAUUUUCCUCAAUCUUUCCUAGAAGAAAAUUAAGUCUAUUCUUCUUUUUUCUUAAAGCAAAUUGUCUGCAAUAAUUUUGGUUUUGGCAUCUUUGAUUUGAUAUGGCUCCGAUGUUAACGCAAGGGAGGUAUUUAAAUGGAUUUACAAUUUCUACACUGUAUUGUUACUUUCUAUUGUGCAAUGAUCACAUUCUGAUCUAAGCGAUAUUGUGUCAUCUAAAGAUAAACAUUUUUAUCCAA